GAGCUCCAUAGCAACGGGAGUUCGUUAGUGUUGUGAACUACUCGUUUCUUCCACUCAGGACGGUUUAGUUUAAUAAAACGGGUUAAUUCUGCUUAAAUUAAUUUAGUUAAAUUAGGGAACAGAAAUGGAAGCUCCCGGAGACUCGUCGAGUGAUACAGACCCGAGACAACAAGCUGCUCUGAAUUUUAAGGCUUUCCUGUUAAAAAGCAGCACCAAAACAAACCAGAAUCUCUAUGAUCAUCUGGCACGUGUGCUCACCAAAGUUAUGGACGAGCGCCCACCGAAUGCAGUUGAUGUGUUUGAAGACAUAAGUCUACAGGUGAAGGCCAACCAACUACAGGACAAUCAGAGCACCCUGCGCUCCAUUCCAGAAAAUAAUGCAGCCUUCGCACUGGCCCAGGAACAGAAAGCCUUGUUCAUAAGGGGGGCAGGGGAUGAGCAAGAAGAGGGCAUGGCAGAAACACCUCUGCCCAAUCUGGUUGAGCAGAGUUUCUUCUUCGACCAGGCUGAGGUGGGUUUGGGCCGGGAAGAGACCCAGAGGAUCUUUCUGGCCCUGAAACAGCUGGUGGAUACACAACAUCUUCAGCGCUGCCGAUUCUGGGGUAAGAUCCUGGGCCGUGAGGCAAACUACAUUGUGGCUGAAGUGGAAUGUAGAGACGAGGAGGAAGAACAGGCCGAGGAGACACAAAAAGAUGAGGAGGAAGAAGAAGCUCGAGAUGAGGAUGAGAAUGAUUUGCUCCCAAAGUCAACUUACAAACCACCCCCUUCAGUGCCCAUGGAGGCUCGUAGUUCCGGUACAAACAAGUUCUCCUACUUUGUAUGUCGAGAGCCUGGUCUGCCAUGGGUGCGCCUUCCUGAUGUCACCCCCGCUCAGAUUGUGGUGGCACGACAGAUCCGCAAACUCUUCACUGGUCAUUUGGAUGCCCCUAUAAUUACCUACCCACCGUUUCCAGGCAAUGAGGCCAACUAUCUACGGGCCCAGAUUGCCCGCAUCUCUGCUGGCACCCAGGUCAGUCCGCUGGGUUUCUACGUAUUUGAGGAAGAAGAGGAAGAAGAAGCAGAAGAGGGAGCGCGAGACAACUUUAUUGAGAACCCUGAGUUUGAGGGCAUCCCAGUGCCGGACAUGGUAGAGUCAUUGUCUACUUGGGUCCACCAUGUCCAGCACAUCAACAAACAGGGUCGUUGUGUCUGGGUCAGAAUAUCUGAAAAGACUGAGGAGGAAUUAGAUGAUGAAGCUGAAGGAGAGGAGAGAGAGGAGGAGCCCGACGAACCUGAGCCUGAGGUCGGACCACCGCUUCUCACACCACUGUCUGAGGAUGCAGUGGUCAAUAACACUCCUCCUUGGAGCACCAGGAUCUCCUCGAACCUAAUCCCAGAGUAUGCCAUUGCUUAUGUGCGCUCCAAUUUGUGGCCCGGAGCCUAUGCCUACGCAUCUGGCAAGAACUUUGAAAACAUAUAUAUUGGCUGGGGGCUAAAAUACCUGGGGGAGCCCUACACUCCACCCAUGCCACCCACUCCCCAACAAGAAUACCCGAGUGAACCUGAAAUUACAGAGGUCCUGGACCCCAGUGUGGAGGAAGAACAAGCCCUUAAGGCAGCCCCAGAAGACCAGCAGUUGUCUGAGGAGGAGAACGAAGGGCAGGAGGAAGAGGAAGAGGAGGAUGACUGAAUGAAAAAGAGCUGGUACACACUGGACUGAAUUGAAAAACAAUAACAAUGUCCAAUAACACACAACAGUCGUGGCAUGCAUAUGCAUUGUGUUGCGAGCACAGCUGAAGAUCUUGUAUAGACUGAUGGACAACAGAUGCCAGUUCUGUUACUUAUUAUACUCAGAUAUUUUUUGUUAACUUAUAAAUUAUCUCCUAGUUCUGUCUACAUGAAAUCAUUUUAAACAAAUGAGUAAAAUAAAACAUGCUUAAUCCAA